AAAGGUGUCACCGGGAUUAGGCGCCAUGUGUUCACCCUUCUUUUUAUUCCGCCUCCCCAGUGCUCAUGCCCAACCAAAAAUCCAAGUCCCCGUUCCCGCAGAGAAUCAUACGUCCCCCGUAACCGGUUCGCUCUCAUUUGUAGAGAAUUCAGUUAGCGUCGUGCCAGACCACAGCUGAAGAGGGAUCCGACGAAGCCAACUAUCAAAUGAGGACAGUCGUCUCACGAUUGAUCCAUUCCAGAACUUCCGUUUCCAAACUCAAUGCGAUUACUAUAGCCAAGAAUGGGAGAUAUCUCUGCACAGACACUAAUAAGGUUGACGAGCCCUUCAAAGUCGAGGAAGCUGAGACCAUAAAUACUCCUCCACCUCCGACAGAGAAGUUGCUUGUGUUGGGUGGCAAUGGAUUUGUCGGCUCGCACGUCUGCAGAGAAGCCUUAGAUCGUGGUUUGUCUGUUGCAAGUCUUAGCAGGUCUGGUAGGUCAUCUCUGCGUGAUUCCUGGGCUAACAGUGUAACCUGGCAUCAAGGGAACCUUCUUUCGACUGACUCUUGGAAGGAAGCUCUGAAUGGGGUCACUGCUGUUAUUUCCUGUGUCGGUGGCUUUGGCUCCAACUCAUACAUGUACAAGAUUAACGGGACUGCUAACAUCAAUGCAGUUAGAGCAGCUUCAGAACAAGGUGUCAAAAGAUUUGUCUACAUCUCUGCUGCUGACUUUGGUGUAGUAAAUUUCUUACUGCAGGGUUAUUAUGAAGGAAAGAGAGCUGCAGAAACAGAGGUUCUGACUAGAUACCCUUACGGAGGGGUCAUUCUGAGACCGGGAUUCAUUUAUGGUACCCGAAGUGUUGGGAGUAUGAAGAUACCCCUGGGAGCAAUUGGUUCGCCAAUGGAGAUGAUUCUGCAACAUGCGGGGCCGUUGAAUCGGAUCCCACUUGUGGGGCCUCUCUUCACUCCUCCUGUAAAUGUUACUGCGGUGGCGAACGUUGCUGUAAGAGCUGCUACUGAUCCUGUUUUCCCCCCAGGGAUCAUAGAUGUUCAUGGAAUCCAACGUUAUAGUCAGCAUAAAUCUAAGUAGAAUUGUCUUGUUUUCUACCUACUUUCGGGGCAAAACAUCAUUCCUUUUUUUUGUUUUUUAAUCCUCGGUUGCUGAAUAUAACACGGGGAAAUUCCCCUUCAAGUUGUUGGCUGUUAUUUUUUGAACUGAAGAGUAUUGCUCCACGCCACGGUAUUACCAACUGAAUAAGAUUACGGGUGACAAUUGUGCCACGUUUCAAG